GAUACACAACACCUUAUCUCCAAAUUUUAUUCAGCAAUACUUGCAGCCACCAACUAAAGCUUGUUCUAUAAUUCGAAGGCAAAGACACACAAAAACAUCAAACCACCUUCCUCUUCAUCUGCUCCACUCUGACCUAACCUCUCUUUCCCCUACUCAUAAAUUCUCUAUCACCCUUUUACUUAAUUAUUAGCUUCUGCACUAUAUUAUGCACAAACAACUCAUAAAGUCAUCUUAAACCCUAAUGGAUGAACUGAUUAAGUUGGCAGGAGGAACCACUGGAGACGACCAGCUACUGAAAGAACUCCUCGACGACAACGUUUCCUCAUUAUUCAUGCUGCCCUAUCAGGCGAGGGAGUUAAACUCCAGCCCUUGGACGGAUUCCGGGCUUCUGUCAGCUGCUUAUUCCGGUCCUACGGUUGAUGAUAUCGAAAGUGCUUUAUCGUAUACAAACUAUGGAGUCCAUGACUUCCACCAUGGAGCCAAACCAGAAGCCCACAGUGUUUCAAUGCUGGAAAGAGGUUAUAUAGGCAAGGCUAGUAAUGAGAACAGUAAGUAUACUCUGAGAAUCAACAACUGUGGCAAUGUAAUGGCUGAUGAUGGCUACAAGUGGAGGAAAUAUGGCCAGAAGUCCAUCAAGAAUAGCCCAAAUCCCAGGAGCUACUAUAGGUGCACAAAUCCAAGAUGCAGUGCGAAAAAGCAAGUGGAGCGGUCCAUUGAUGAUCCUGAUACUCUUAUCAUCACCUACGAAGGGCUGCACCUGCACUUCACUUACCCAUUUUUCUUACACCAGCAGACAAAUCCACCCAUGAAGAAACAAAAAGGGCCUACAUUAGAAGCAGCCCAUGAUGUUGGAGUCCAAACUGGAAAUGGGCUUGAAAAAGUGGUUCCAAAUCUGGGCUCCACCCCAGAAUCCGACCCGUCUAAGGAGUUUGAACAAGACCUAAUGGGGCAACAAGGCUUGCUUGAAGACGUUGUGCCAUUGAUGAUUAGGAAGCCACUCGUGGUCGUUGAUGCUAUUGCUUCCAGCAGCUCUUCCAAUUCAUCAUCGUCAACUUCUCAUGAAUCACAUCCUUCUUCACCAUCUUCGUCCAAUUCAUUUUCUUGGUCUCCCACCUACUCAUACUUAGGCUUAAUUUGAAAUUAUAUGUGAUAGAAUGCUGUCCUAGGUAGUAUUAUUAUAUAUGUCUUUUUUGCCAGAUUGUUGUACUGGAAUAAAAGACCAAAUUCUUA